UCAGCGCUUUUGACAACGAGCAAAGCCCCUUCCACUUCUGAGGUAGGAAUACCCGGUCCAUCGCUCCUCCGAGCGCCUCAAAGCUAAUGCUCCGCGUGAGCAGCGAGAACACCCUUUCCUGCGGCCGCUGGAGCGCUGGGAACUACAUUACCCAGAAGACCCCGGGACAAGAGACGGCAGUUAUGGGCCAACGACGGAUCAGGAGGCGGGACUUCCAUGCGUGCGCAGCGCGCCGGGGCCGGACUUCUGGCGUCCUCAUUGCGGCCGUUGCUUUUGCUCCUCUCGGGUCGGUUCCGGAACGCUGUGUCAGGACUGAGGUGACGUGACUGGGAAGGUCCGAUAGGAGCCGUUGUCCUCGCUGCACUGAGGCGGGUUCGAGGCUCCGCGACGCUGCCUGGGGACCCCGCGACAGGCCCGGGAUACAGACCGCCGUGCCCGCGUCCCUCUCCGCUCCCGCCGCGCUCCGCUCUCAGACCCCGAUGGCGGCGGCCGCGCUGAGGGACCCGCCGCAGGGUGGUGUGACCUUUGAGGACAUUGCCGUGCACUUCUCCUGGGAGGAAUGGUGCCUCCUUGAUGAGGCUCAGAGACACCUAUACUUCAAUGUGAUGCUGGAGAACUAUGCACUUAUAUCCUCACUGGGUUUCUGGAGUGGAGAAGAGGAUGUUAAGGCACCCUUUGAGCAGAGUGUUUCUGUAGUAAUGUCACAGGCCAGGACUUCCAAAGAACCUUUAUCUUCCCAGAAGACUCACCCCUGUGAGAUGUGUAGUCCAGUCUUGAGAGCUGAGUCCAUUCUUCAUUUGGCUGAGCAGCUGGGAACACAACACAGCCAGAAACUAUUCAAGUGUGGGGCAUGUACAAAAGGAUUUUAUUUCAGUACAAACCUUCAACAGCACCAGGAGCAGCACAUGGGAGAAAAACCGUUCGUAAGCAGCAUGGACAAGGCCUUAUUUGUGAAGAGCUGCAAUUUGCAUGUGUCAGAGAAGGCUUUUACCUAUGAAGAGGUGGAUAAGGACUUCCUGACCACCUCGGGACAUCUGAAGCAGGGAGAAACAGGGAAGCAGGCCAUUCACACCAGGGAGAAGCCAAACACAAUCACCCAGAGCAAUGAAACUUUACAAAGCACUGGGGGAGAAUGCAAGAAAGCUUUUGGCGCCAAAGACACACUUGUUCAGGACCAGGGUGUCUACACUAAAAGACAGUGUUUUGUGUGCAGUGAAUGUGGGAAAACAUUCAGGUACAAAUCGUCAUUUCUCGUGCACCAGAGAGUUCAUACUGGUGACAGGCUUUAUGUCUGUGGUGACUAUGGAAAAUCCUUUAGGGGAAGCUCAGCCCUUAAUCAACAUCAAAAAAUUCACACUGGGGCAAGGCAGUACAAGUGCAGCAAAUGUGGGAAAUCCUUUAGCCAAGAAUUUGUCCUCAUUUAUCCUCAGAGGAGUCACACUGGAGAAGAUCAUCAUGCGUGCCACAAAUGUGCACAAUCUUUUAGCCACAGCUCCAUCUUCAUUCAACAACAGACAGUUCACACUGGAGACAUGAGUUAUGAGUGCACUGAAUGUGGGAAGUCCUUUAGACGAAAAUCUGACCUCAUUGAGCACUGGAGGGUUCACACAGGAGAAAGGCCUUAUGAGUGCAGUGAAUGUGGGAAAUCUUUUACUUCUAGCUCCGCCCUCCGUUAUCAUCAGAGAGUUCACACUGGAGAAAAGCCUUAUAAAUGUAGGGACUGUGGGAAAUCUUUUACGUCUAGCUCUGGCCUACGUUAUCAUCAGAGAGUUCACACAGGAGAAAGGCCAUAUGAAUGUACUGAUUGUGGGAAAUCUUUUACCCAAAUAAAUCACCUCAUUAUACACCGAAGAGUUCACACAGGAGAAAGGCCUUAUAAGUGCAGCGAAUGUGGGAAAUCCUUUAGCCACAAAUCUUACCUCUCUCAACACCAGAGAGUUCACACUGGAGAAAGGCCUUAUGAGUGCUGUGAAUGUGGGAAAUCUUUCACCUCUGGUUCCGCCCUCUGUUAUCAUCAGAGAGUUCACACAGGAGAAAAACCGUAUGAGUGCAGUGAAUGUGGGAAAUCAUUUACCAAUGGACCGAUACUCAUUCGACACCGUAGAAUUCACACAGGAGAAAGACCUUAUGAAUGCAAUCAGUGUGGGAAAUCUUUUACUCAAAGAAAUCAUCUUAAUAUACACAAGAGAGUUCAUACAGGAGAAAGGCCUUACGAAUGCAGCGAAUGUGGGAAAUCUUUUACCUCUGGCUCUGCCCUUCGUUAUCAUCAGAAAAUUCACGUUGGAGAAAGGCCUUAUGAAUGCAAGGAAUGUGAAAAGUCUUUUACCUGUAGCUCUGCCCUCCGUUGUCAUCAGAGAGUUCACACAGGAGAAAGGCCUUUUGAGUGCAGUGAAUGUGGGAAAUGUUUUAGGGAUAGUUCCCAACUGAAUCAACACCAGAGAGUUCACACUGGAGAAAAGCCUUAUGAAUGUAGUGAUUGUGGAAGAUCCUUUAGCCAGAAUUCAUACCUCUCUAAACACCGGAGAGUUCAUACUGGAGAAAGGCCUUAUGAGUGCAGUGAAUGUGAGAAAUCUUUUACUUCUGUUUCUGCCCUUGGCUAUCAUCAGAGAGUUCACACUGGAGAGCGGCCUUAUAAGUGCAGUGAAUGUGGGAAAUCUUUUACCAAUAGCUCGAUACUCAUUCGACAUCGCAGAGUUCACACAGGAGAAAGGCCUCAUGAGUGCAGUGACUGUGGGAAGUCCUUUACCCAGAGAAUUCACCUCGUAAUUCACCGGAGAGUUCAUACAGGAGAAAGACCGUACGAGUGCAGUGAAUGUGGGAAAUCUUUUACCUCUCGUUCCACCCUCCAUUAUCAUCAGAGAGUUCACACUGGAGAAAAGCCUUAUGACUGCAGCAAAUGUGGGAAAUCUUUUAGCCGAAAAUCUAAUCUCUCUCAGCACCAGAGAAUUCACACUGGAGAAAGGACUUAGAUGUGUAAGAAAUAUGUAAUUUCCUUGUUCAGUGCAAUGGCACUGAAGGAAACUGAGGCUCUAAUUGAACUGAAUUCAAACACAAUAGUAGGGAGAUAGCUCAUGACCUUCAGUUAUGUGGGAUGCAUGUGUGGCUGUGUCGCAGUUUCUUACCUGCCCAGGGCUCUUGGCAGAUUUAUUAUUGCCGGUUUCUUCAGCCAGGUCCAUCUCAUCUCUGUAAUCUGGCAGGUCCCCACAGUGUGCAUCAGUCACUAGCCCAGUCUGCUCAGGGGUGCUGACUUCUCUCAUUUGUUGGAGGAAAUUAGGAAUAGCUUGAGCCCUUCAGAUGUCCUCAUUCCCUUCUCUCUGACAAGCUUGAGCUUGGGCCUGACCCAGUACUGGCCCAGAGAACAUCGUAUGAGUUCACCUGGCAGCUUGCAGAGAAGGACUACCAUUUUCAGGAACCUGUUGGACUCAAGAUAGUUGUGAUGAAUUUUUCCAGCUCCCAAGUCACCAGCUAAAGAACUGCCAGCCCCACAUUGCUUUGGUUUGUCCAGUAACAAAGGCCUUAUUGUUUAAGUCCUCUUUCAUCUUGGACGUUCCGUUUACCAUGUGAGGUGGGCUCUACAGGCAUGAAGGGGUGAGCAACUUUUAUGGAGGUCUCAAACUUUCUGUGCCUCAGAGGAGACAUUACAGAGGCUUACCAGUUUCUGCCAAGUUUGUGUUGCUGCCCAUGGCCUCCUAAAAGACUGCAGGGCUUUCUUGCCCUCAUUUGAGGCCAGGAUGCUAUGAGUUUUAGGAGGCUCAGUGAUCACCCUGAGGAGAGGCCAAGUGUGACAACCUCAGGAGCUUCUGGGAGCAGCAUGAAUUCUUUCCCUUGUUCACAGGAGAUGUCAGCACUGUUGAGGGGAAUUGUUUCCCCAGGUCCUGCAAAGAACCAUGUGUCCACAGUUCAGUGGGUGAUAGUCACUAGGGCUCAGGGCUCAGGGCAAACCAGGAUUACUACAGAAACACCGGCUUAUUAAGGGGAUUCUAGGCGACUGCAGCCGAGUAGAUGGAAAAUACCUGUUUUCAACGUGCAUCCAGGAAUGUCUGUGACAAUGAUUGGGCAAGAUCAGUAUGUACAUAAAUCUGAGGUCCUCUAGGCAUAAUUGUCUUGUGUAGCUUAAGUCAUUGUCAUUGACAAUAAUCAAAAGGUUUUGUAGAUUCCUGUACCCUCUCAUUGAUACUCAUCUCAAGGUUAUUACUGCCCAGGCAGGUUUAGAAAAAGAGAGAGAGGGGGAAAAGCUGUGGUCCGCAGAUGUGUCUCUUGUGACCCAGGCAGCAUUUCUGUUGACUUGAGUGGCAGGUCCUUCAUUGCCCACUCUACUUGCUGUUAUUGAGGGAAGACUGACCUCCAGAAGGCAUGAGAAGGUGGCAUGAAUGUUGGAUUGCCAAACCUCUUUUCCAAAACGAGUUUGACAUAGAGUUUUUAUCUUGAACCAUUUUAAAAAGCUAUUUGAUAAGUUCUGACAUGUGUAUGAAACUGAAACCAUCAUCAUAGUUUUGGUAACGACCACAUCUGUCACGUAUAUUUAUCUCAUGACUUUUUAUAAUCUUUCCCUGCCCUGCACAGCCCUCCAAGGAACCGUCGACUUACUUUCCAUUAGAACAGGUACUUUGCAUUUUCUAGAGUUCAUAUGGUGGACAUCAAGAUAUUUACUCUUGUUCAUGCCUUUAUUUAUGUUGCAUAAAUACUUGGAGAUUCAUCAAUGAUACUUGAGUGGCUCGUACUUUUUUUUUUCCUCUAAGAAAUACUCUUCUCUUUAUAUAUCCCACUAUUAGUUUAUCCAUUCAUUUGCUUAUGGACAUGUGGUAUUUCUAGUAUUUGAAUAUUGAGAAAAAGCUGUUAUAAACAUUUCUGUGUAAUUCUUUGUAUGGAUAUAUGUUUCAUUUAUCUUUUGUCAGUAACGCAGUGCAAAGUCUGAGUCCUAGGGUAGGUGAGUGUUUAGCUUAAACAAACUAGCAAAUUGUGAUCUGAACCAAUUUUACCUUUUUGCAUUUUUACCAGCAGUAUAUGAGAGUUCCACAUCUUAGUGAAUACUUGGUCAGUCGUUCUUAAUUCUGACCCUUUUUGUAAGUUUGUCAUGCUAUCUGACUUUUUUACUUGGAUUUCUCUAAGGAUUCAUGAUGAGCAUUUUUCAGAUGUGUAUUUGCUAUCUCUAUAUCUGUAAUGAAAUGUUCAUAUCUUCUGCCUAUUCUGUGAAUUUUGGCUAAUUUUUUUCUUUAACAAAAGAACAGUGAGACAAAGAUGUAUUGGAAUUUCA